CACAACUUGAUUUGUUUUGGCGCGUCGGAACAGCUGAUCGGCGGAUUCGGAUUAGGGAGUAAGAACCAAGCAAGAUGUCUCUGGUUGCUGAUGUAAUAGCAUCAGUUAGAAGCAAAAGUGGUGAGAAAGCAGGGAAGCCUGGAACAGGUCAGUUGGAGGAGUUAGUAAAACGCGCAGAAGAGGCACGCGAAGCAGUAUGCCAGACACUUGGAUCCCGAUAUGACUCUUUGGCAAUGGUUGUUCAUGACACUGCACAUCUGCAUCAUCGUGUUGCGAAUGCUUUAGAGGAUCUUACAAGUCUGCACAACUCUAUUGAACAAGAGGUGGUGUAUGGUUUAGAAGGCAGUGUAGGUGAGGUUGGGGGUGUGGUAAGGAGAUGGAGGGAGGUGGUUGGUGGCUUGGAAGCUGCCUCCACUCUCUUGACCAUACACACACUGCUUGAUGAGGCUCACCAGGCUGAAUUGGAGUAUGAAUUUUUGAAAACUGCUGAAAAUUUAGCAAAGGUUGAGAAACUCCUAGAGGAUGCAUCUGAGAAGGAUCUAGAGGGUCAGCUUGACCUUCUAAGUAGUCUACAGGAGGAUAUGCUGGUCAGAAGGACACAGUUGGUUUAUACCAUUGGUGAGGUCUGGAGUGAAACCGUGACCUGGGAAGAGGAGCGUCUGGGAGAUGGUUCCAGAUCAGUCACUUUGGUAGUGCAAGCAGUGAAAUUUGAGUCAAAAGAGGAUGGGUUACAUAAACUCCAGCAAAUGUUGGGUGCAUUGCACAUGUUGGGAGAACUCCAGCGUCGUGUCACAGCCCUUGGCAAGAAUCUCAUGAAUCACAUUUUCAAGCCUAUAAUAAAUGAUGCAGCUAAGGUGAAAGCCACUGAUAGAAGUGAUGGAUAUUCUGUCCAGGUCACAUUACCUGCAAACCCUAAGGAAAAGGCACCUGCAUCCACAGUGUUUGUUCAUCUCACUCAGGUAUUACGGAUCCUUCAUAGUGCACUCUUGUGUGUAAACAUUCAAGCAGAUGAGGGUGAAAUUUCACUUAUGCAGCUUCUGGGUAAACAGCUGGGACAGGAGUUUACAGAAGUGCUUAUUAAAGACUGCUUGGCUGAGGCAGUGCCUUGUAGUAGAGCCCAGCUGGAGGAUUAUGAGGAGGUCAAGCGUGACACUCAGAAAUUCCAGGAUUUCCUUAUUGAAAUUGGAUUUUAUGGACCUGAUAACAAGUCCAUCAUAGAGUAUGCAGCAAAUGUAGAUGUUGUCUUCAGUAACAAGGCUUGUGCACACUUGUUGGAGCGGGCCAGAGAGCUUAUGACUCGGCCUGUUCAUGUCACCGUCAGUGUUACCCCGCUGGAACCUGAGGGUCCCAUCAUUAUUCAGGAUGAAACUGGUAAGAAAUUAGAGAAGAGCAGUAUGAGGCUGGAGAAACUUCUUGCAGCAAAGACAUUCAACCUUCCAAAAUGUCAGAUCAGUGCCUCUGUCUGUGAACUUGUUGAACUAAUAUAUGAGACAAUGGAAGAGGCUUGUACCAGUGCUCCACCCUAUGCAGGGAGGUUGUUCUAUACUGUGCGCAACAUCCUGAUGCUCUACUGCCAGGUUGUCCCAACUGCCCAUGCACAUGCCCUUGCUACCUUGCCACAACAGGCAGCUAUCAUACACAACAACAGCAUGUAUUUAGCACAUCAUGCCCUCCUGUUGGGACAUCAGUACAAGCACAGACUUCCACAAGCCCUGCGAGACAAUACCAUUACUACAGUUGACCUUGCUCAGCAGCUCAGAAGAAUGGCAACUUCCACAUUCUUGAAAGCAAUGCAGUGGCAUCGUGCAUCAAUAAUUGAUACCUUAAGAGAGUCUGCAGGCUUAGAUAUGAUUGGAUGUGACACUAGUGCCGUGAACAAAGCAGAGCAGGGUAUGCGACAGUGUUUGCACCAGCUGCAGUUACUUCAUCGUGUGUGGCAACAUGUUCUUCCGCAUACAGUCUACACAAAGUCCAUGAGCACACUAGUAGGAUCUGUGGUAGAAGAAGUAGUUAUCAGAGUGGUGGGUCUGGAAGAUAUAUCUGCAGAUUCAGCUCUUGCCCUCAUCAACCUCCUCAACCUUCUUAAGGACAACAUACCUCCCCUCUUCCAGGUUGAAGGUGAAGCCAAGACUAACCCAGGAGACGUUAUAAGGCAUGUUCGACUCUGGGGGAAAUUCUGUGAACUCAUUGUCAUCUUGGGAGCCAGCUUACAUGACAUCUUAGACAGAUGGUCUGAUGGAAAAGGCCCUCUGGCACAUGAAUUCACUCCAGAUGAAGCAAAACAACUCAUCAGAGCUCUCUUCCAAAACACUAGUCGAAGAGCACAGGUCUUGGCAAGCAUCAAGUGAUUCUUUUUGCUUGUGUUGCUGAUAGACCUUGAUCCUAGGAGAUAUUUGUUAGCAGAUAUGGUUGGAGCAUGAAAAUAAUACAGACUUUAUAGGAUAUAUUUAUAUCUUUUUCUUUCCUUCUUUAAUAUUACCUUGCUUUUUUUUAUUAAAUUAUUUCUGGGACAAGUAUAGCUACUAUCCAUGUAUUUUUUAUAGGCAAUACUUUUGUAUGAUUAUAUUAAUUAUGUUUGUUAUUCUUUAUUCACUUAUAUAUAUGCAUGUAUGCUUUAAUAAAAUGUCCCAGUGGCUAAAUUUGUGCCUUUAACAUACCUGUGAUAAUAUGAUUGGCUGAGUAACAGAUAUGAGUGGAAUAACAAAUGUACAACAAAUAAAGUUUUGCUUACACAAAAAAAAUAUUUUCAUUAUGGAAUAAAUGAUAGGUAUUACCUUAUUUGGAUCUCUUGGGAUGGCUGUAAUUAACUAGAAUUUUUAAUAUAUGCUCUCAUGUCCAGUAGAUUUUAAUGCACUCUUGAAGGAAUUAAUUCUAUAGUCUUUUCAUAGUAUCAGCUAUGAGGAUAUUACUUUCAUGAUAGUUCCCCCCUAAUCUUUUGCUCGUUGUUGGGGGGGGGGGGGGGCUUAGGAGAGGGAGAUGGGCCCAAUGUAGGGUGUCACCCCUAGCUUGGAUUUCAGCCCUCGCCUCAACUAACUUUGCAUGGUCUUCUCCCCCUUUCCUUAACUUUUCUUCUUUAUCAUCCCCUUCUUCUGUGCACUUCCUAAGGUGUGAGAGUUGUGCUGAAAGGAUGAAAUGCUGGUUUUGUGUCAGUUAUGAACAGCCUCCAGGAGCCAUGGGCAUAGUAUUCCCUUGGUUAAUUGUCUAGCCCUUACCCCUCAUGGGAACCCUGAGGGUUCCCUUUUGCAGUCAUUCUGAUUGUUCAUGGCUUGUGCACUAUCUACCCUGACUGACCUCAUAGGUAAACCUAUUCCUGCCCAACCUCACUCCUCCCUUAAUACUUGUACUGGAAAUAUUUCCAUCUCUUGAACUGAUUGUCCUGUCUACAAGGGCUGUCAGAUUGUGAAAAACGACUUGCUGGCAUGCCUUGCCUACACCAAUAUUGCCAAGAAUAGCUUUCAUAGACAUGACUUCCUCCAUGAAGUUUAUAUUGGUGGAGUGUCCUGCCCAUAUUAACCUCUUCCCCGUCAAUGUCAGAAAUGUUGGCGUUUUGACCACCCAGCCAAACACUGUCGCUCCACAGCCUGCUGCCCUCUUUGUGCCCAAACUGGUCAUAACAGUUCAAUUUGCUCUCUUCAGUUGCAAACAUAUGCUCCCGUAAUGUAUUUUAUAGAAGCUGCCCUACCUACAAGCACGAAUUUGAGGUUGCAGUUUUCAGAUUCAGACUAGGCCUUACUCUACGUGAGGCCAGACAAGUAUGCCUAAGAGGUUUUUCUCUUCCUACCUAUUCGAAAAUUGUACUUCAUUCUGCUCCCCUCCCCUCUUCUCAAGAAGUCUCAGCAUCUCUUCCAGUAUCUCUUUUUUCUACCCUAAACCAACCUAUCUCUACUACCUCUCCCCCAGUCAAAUUCCUUUUCCAGUCUAAAUCCAGAUACUCCAAUCUCUACCGCUUCCUAGUGCCUACCCCUCCCCCUCCCCCUCCUCACUCUACCUGUCACACCAGACAACCGAAACAUUCCACUCCAUCUCC